UUGAAGAAAAAAAAUAGUUAUAUUGCCAGGGGGGAAGCCAGUAGAUGGUGUUCUUGUUUUCAGUUUAGCUUAUACUGUAUUUCUAUAUAUGGUGGCUGAGAUAAGGAAUGCAGCUGCAGGCAUGGGAAAGAAGGGAGUGUCCUUGCUCUGAACCGGCUGCAGAGAUAAGGAGGAGUAUGAGUGCAGGGCUACCUUGAACUCAUGCUAUGACUUCGAAGUGUGAAAUUGAAGGAGGUGCCCUUAGAAGUGGAUGGGAAAAAGGACGACAGCAUAAAGCACUUGCUACAGAAACGGUGGAAAGCUGCUCCAUGACGCUAUAAAAGGCCCCAACUGCAGCAAUCAAUUGGGAUUCCAGUUUGGACUGACCGGGUUUCAGCCAUGUGGCUCUACCUGGCUGCCCUGCUGGGGCUUUACUUCCUUCGCCGAUGGUACCAGGAGAGACAGACGGUGGAGAACCUGACGGAGAAAUAUGUCUUCAUCACGGGGUGUGACUCUGGCUUUGGAAACCUACUUGCCAGGCAGCUGGAUGCCCGGGGCCUGCAGGUGCUGGCAGCCUGUCUCACGCAGAAGGGGGCAGAGCAGCUGGGCAAGGCCACCUCAGAGCGCUUGAAAACCACCAUUCUGGAUGUGAGCAGCACAGAGAGUGUGGCGGCCGCGACGGAGUGGGUGAAAGGGUGCAUUGGAAGCAAAGGGCUCUGGGGCUUGGUGAACAAUGCAGGCACAGGGAUCCCAACAGCUCCCAAUGAGUGGCUGACGAAAGAUGACUUUGCAAAGGUGAUCAACGUCAACCUUCUUGGGAUGAUUGAUGUGACGCUACACAUGGUGCCCCUGGUGAGGAGAGCCAGAGGGAGGGUGGUCAACGUGUGCAGUACGAUGGGACGACUGGCCUGUUUUGGAGGUGGUUACUGCCCAUCCAAGUUUGGUGCAGAAGCCUUCUCUGACAGCCUGAGGAGAGAGCUCCAUCCUUUUGGAGUCCAAGUCAGCAUAAUUGAACCUGGUGGUUUCAAAACACCUAUUGCCUCAAAUGCACUAGAACAUUUUCAGACUGUAUGGAGCCAGGUACCUUCUGACAUCAGAGACUGUUAUGGUCAGCAGUACUUUGAGCAAUGUCGCAAAUCGUUCCAAGAACUCAUUGAUGGUUGCAGCAACAAGUUUCACCUGGUCACCGACUGCAUAGAACAUGCCCUGACAUCCUGCUCCCCUCGCACUCGCUACUCUCCAGGCUGGGAUGCAAAGCUCUUCUACCUUCCUGUCUCUUACUUGCCAACCACCAUUGCAGACUAUGUGUUGACCCACUCUGGGCCCAAACCAGCACAAGCCGUGUAGAUGAUUGUGAAGGACAACAUGACAGGUGGCCAAACAAUCUAUGGAUGGAACAUUGAAUCUUUUAGGAUCUUAUUGAGAUGCAGGCUUAGUAAUCAGUAGCUGUAAAGAGAAAUAGUUUUAUUUUUAUUUUUUUACUGAUGAUUGGCUGAUGCAGCUUAGGCUCAAUACUUUGCUACUCAUUUAUCUAGGAAUAAGCCCCAUUGAACUCAAUGCCACCUACUGUAAGACUGAGUGGCCAGACACUUUCUGCCACACCUUUACCUUACUCUCCAGCCAAGUGGUCUUGAAGGAGUUAUAAGUGGUGUAAAAAGGUAAAACAUCUUCUUUCAUUCCCCACUUAUCUGGUUCUAAGGAGGUUUAUUUGGAAUCAUUCUUGCAAAGUUUGGAAUUGACUUAGAACCAGUUGUAACGAACCAAACAGGAACUCUCCAAUUUUGUCCCCUCUCCCCACAAAAAUCCUGGGAACUGUGGUAUAAGGAUUCUGGGGUAACCUGUAGUUCCUUGGAGUGAGGGAAAGAUGUGCUCCCCACAAACCAACUGGAAUGAAUGCUCAAGUGAAGCUGGUUAUAAUCUGAA